CCUCACAUGAUCCCGGAGUAUGUGAAACCUCUGAUGGUAUUUGUCAAUGUCAAGAGUGGAGGAUGUCAGGGACUGAAUCUGAUCACUUCCUUCAGGAAACUCCUCAACCCACAUCAGGUCUUCAACCUGGAGAAUGGUGGGCCACUUCCAGGGUUGUACGUGUUCCGCAACAUCCCCUACUACAAGAUCUUGGUGUGUGGAGGAGAUGGAACUGUGGGCUGGGUUCUCUCCUGUCUAGAUAAUGUGGGCCAGGAUGCUGAGUGUCAGUCACCUCCAAUGGCAAUAGUGCCCCUUGGAACAGGCAACGAUUUGGCCAGAGUUCUACGAUGGGGACCUGGCUAUACGGGAGGAGAAGACCCACUCAACAUUCUCCGGGAUGUGAUUGAUGCAGAUGAGAUUAAACUUGACAGGUGGACUGUCAUCUUUCACCCCAAUGAGAAGGAGCAAGAUGAGACCAGAGUGGCAAUAGCCAAUGACACCAACAGCGCAAACACUGCAGAGGACCCCACCAGCAUCUUCGUGAUGAAUAACUACUUCGGCAUCGGCAUUGACGCCGAGCUGUGUCUGGACUUCCACAUGGCCAGAGAGGAGAAACCGGAUAAGUUCAAUAGCAGGUUACACAACAAAGGAGUUUACCUGAAGAUGGGCUUACGUAAGAUGGUCAACCGAAGAACCUGCAAGGAUCUCUACAAGAAUGUCAAAGUAGAGGUGGAUGGCAAACUCAUCGAGCUACCACCUGUGGAAGGCAUCAUUAUUCUCAAUAUACUCAGCUGGGGCUCAGGUGCCAACCCAUGGGGUCCAGAGAGAGAGGAUCAGUUCACCAAGCCGACCCACUAUGAUGGCAACCUGGAAAUUGUUGGUGUUACCGGGGUU